ACGUGCGCUCCUGCCGGGUCACACACACAAAACAAAAAACCCAGCAUUCGCACGAGGCGGCGGCUCUGUCAGUACGGACGCUGGAAUGGCGGCGCCGCCGGAGUCCACGACUGCGCCCAACGCCGGCGGAAUCACUUCAGGGCUUCCGAAAUGCUACGCCUUCAAGAGCUGGCUGCAGGAGUACGCGGAGAAAGCCGAUCUCCCAGCUCCAGAAUAUCAAACGGUGAAGGAGGGGCCUGCCCACGGGCCCGUCUUCAGGUCCACGGUGGCAAUCGACGGCGCCAAGUACGACUCGCUGCCCGGAUUUUUCAACCGGAAGGCCGCGGAACAGUCGGCUGCUGAAGCCGCGCUCAUGGAAAUUCUCGAAUCCAUCCCAACCACUAAGAGAAUCCCAGCAGAUUAUGCUUUCCAGCAACAAACUGGCCUGUGGAAUAAUCUUCUUCAAGAGUAUGCUCAGGAGAUGAAUCAGUCAAUUCCAUCAUAUACCUGGACCAGGCAAGCUUCAGGCAAAUCUCCUUAUACAUGCACCAUAGAGAUUGGUGGUACGCAAUACAUCGGUCAUGCAGGCAGGUCAAAGAAAGACGCAGAGAUAAAAGCUGCCUGGACUGCUCUUCUUGCAAUCAAAGGUCAAUUAGAGGGUCGUGCAAGUAGUGCCACAAAGUAUAUUGUGGUUCCUGGCAAACGGCAAAGCAGUGAGGCAGAGAAAAAUGCAAUUGAAACCCUCAAACAACUUGAGGUGAAGAAAGGUGGUUUCAAGAGGAAAUGGAACAGGAGGAAAUUCCUGAACAGGAAACACAGAGCAGUUGAUUUGGAAAAGAACGAAACUAGAGCGGCUGGAGAUGUUAGUAGUGUGAUGAUGAAACAUGAUAAUGAUGCUAGUAAAUCAGUACAGGAACCAAGUGGUGACACAGUAAUGCUGCAAUCUGGUAAGGAACCUAGAAGAGCGGAGCUGGAUUCAGACACUGCAAAGCCUGAUAAGCAAGCUAGAAGAGCAGAGCUAGAGCCAGACAUUGCAAUGCUGAAUCCCUAUCAGGAAGAUAGAAGAGUAGAACAGGUGCAAGGCAGUGGCACUGCAAUGCUGCAACCUGAUAACGGAGCUAGAAGAGUAGAACAGGUACCAGGCAGUGACACUGUAAUGCUGCAACAUGGUAAAGAAGCUAGAAGAGUAGAACGGGAGCCGCCCAGAGAUUCUGGAAUGGUGCAACCGAAUGAGGAAGUUGGAUGUAUAAACCAGGAGCAACUAGGUGAGACUGCGAUGGCACGCCAUUUCAGGGCAGCUAGAACCAAGAAGCAUGAUUCACAGAGCCGGUGCAACCUAAUGUAGAAACUGCUGACAUGGAGGGGGGGCCCAUGGAACAACGCUGCAGCAGAACGAGGAAGCUGUGCAAACCAGGAGCCACCAGGAAAUGCUUCACUGCUGCAAAACAACAAGGACCUUGAGACAAAGAAUUGUUUUGUGGAUAUGGCAGCAACGAUUUCAGAUCAUAUUCAUCCAACUCUAUGUUCACAGAAUGAACUGAAUGUGGUAGCCUUGUAGUGUUUAGAAUGUGUUGAUCUUGGAAGAAGUGAAACCUGAGUAUAUACAGGUGGCUAUGCAGCUAGCAUAGAGAGAUACAAUUUGCACUUGUAUGGAGUGAGGAUAGCUAGCCCUUGCUUGACAUCAGUCAAUUGUAUGCUUGCCAGAUAGUUUUUAUUUUCUGUUCUCUUUUUUGCGAGGAUUUUUAAGAGGCCACUAAGGAAGGAAACUGAGGCUUGUGAUUCA